AUGGUGGAGGUCUCGCGGGGGGUUGGCUUCAAGGCCGCCCUCUACGGCGCCUCGGCUCGCGCGGGAUGCGACCCGCGGGCCGUCUGCAAACUGGCGGCGCAGGCGUUGAAGAGGCGCCGGGACUUGGAGCAGGCGCUGAGGCAGUGCGGCCUGGAUUGUGGCGGCCUGCUGCUUGUCAUGGAAUGGUUCAUCACCUUCGGUCCAUGGCUUUGCUUGAGACCGCUCCACUACCGCCACUACCCCCGAGCCUACGAUCUUCUGCUGGGCCGCGGCUUGAAAGGCGGGGGCCUGCUGUCGCGCCAGCUCCGUGAGAAGCGUCCACAGCUUCAAGCCGCGCUGGCGGCAGAUGAGGAGGAUGGAUGUGAAAUGGACGUCCUCCCGCGCUAUGUGCGGGUCAACCGCCUGAAGACGAGCGCCGCCUCGCUGAAAGCCAGGCUGCAAGCAGCCCUCCAGGCCCAGCUGGAGUCAAGCCGGAACGGAAAGCUGGAGCUGGCGGAGGUUCAGGAGGACCCGCUGGUGCCGGACCUGCUGGUGCUGCACGCUGAAGCGCGGAGCUUCUUGCAGAAGCUCCCGGAGGUGGCGACCGGGGAGGCGGUUCUGCAGGACCGGUCCAGCUGCCUGGCGGCUCUGGCGGCGGGCUUGACCCCGGGCACUUUCUGCCUGGACGCGUGCGCAGCCCCGGGCAGCAAGACCUGCCACGCUGUGGAGGUGCUGGGCCGGGGCCGGCUCAUCGCCUGCGAGCGCGACGAGCAGCGCGCGGGGGCGCUGCUGCGGCGGCUGAAGGGUCUGGUGAGUUUCAGGGAAGGCGCGACGGCCCCGGCUGAGAGCACUUGCUUGGCGGCCGGCCAAAAGGUGCGGGGCCGGUGCGGCAAGGUGCGCGUGGAGCUGCGGGUCAAGGACUUCCUGGAGACCAGGCCCUGGCUGAAACCCUGGAGCCAGGUGGAGGUGCUGCUGGUGGACCCGAGCUGCUCGGGCUCGGGGCUGCCGGAGCACGGCUUUGACGCGAAGCCCCAUGGACAGUCGCGGCUCCGGCGGCUGGCGGCCUUCCAGCAGCGGAUCUUGCGCCACGCCCUGCAGUUCCCGAAGGCUCGCACUGUGGUGUACUCUACCUGCUCCCUGCACCGCCUGGAGAACGAGGACGUGGUGGAGCAGGUGCUGCAGGAGAGUGCCCGGACUUCGCGGUGA